CCUUGCCGUCUGCUCCAUACCCUCGGCCCUUUAUCUUUCUCUCCCUCCUCAUCUCUCUCUCAGACACGCAAAUAGAGGGAGAACAAUGAGGAAGCCUUGUUGUGAUAAGCAAGACACCAACAAGGGAGCAUGGACGAAGCAGGAGGACGAGAAACUCAUUAACUACAUCCGCGCCCAUGGAGAAGGUUCUUGGGGAUCACUCCCCAAGGCUGCAGGACUGCUUCGGUGCGGUAAGAGUUGUAGGCUGCGAUGGAUAAACUACCUACGGCCCAACGUUAAGAGAGGGAACUUUGAGGAGGAUGAAGAGGACCUCAUCAUUAAGCUCCACGCUCUUCUUGGCAAUCGGUGGUCGCUGAUAGCUGGAAGGCUGCCUGGACGAACAGACAACGAGGUGAAGAAUUAUUGGAACUCUCAUCUUAGGAGGAAGCUCAUAAGUAUGGGGAUCGAUCCCAACAACCAUCGCGUCAGCCAGAGCGUCCCUCUCCGCCAGCCUCAAAGCUCGAGGAAUGUAACGUUAUUAGGCGGUCCUGCGAGCCACGAACGCAGGGAAUGCCAGCAACUGAACUCGGCGACGGAGAAUGAUCGGGUGUCUGAUACUGCGAGCUGCCUGGAGGACGAUGCCUACAUGUUGCCUGACUUGAACCUUGAUCUCACUAAGUCCGCUCCUUCUCCGCCUACUACAGUUAUGGAGUGGAGGCAAGAAUCCGAAGAGUUGAAGGCACCAUCGGAACUAGGGAAUGCAACCAAACCGACACUCCUCCUCUUUAGCUAACCUGAUAUUGCUUAAUAUUGAAGUAGUGAAUAUUAAGUGAGAGAUUCUUAAUAUUAGUUUGAAGCCUCUCUCAAUAUUAGUUUGAAGCCUUAAAUGAAAGGUAGAUUGUGGUCUUUUCCUAAGGUUAGCAAUGUACUUGUAUUAGCUAGGAUUUAGGAAGGCCAAGUGAGGGAAACAAGGUGGAUGGCAGUGCAGCCAGUUUGUUCCCAUGACACAAUUAUAUUUUUUUGGCUAUCACUGAGUUCUAAUAGAAGAACUCUUUGUAUCCUAUGAUACAAUUAUCACUUUGAAUACAUGCUCGAAUUAUUCCAAAAAAAAAAGAAGAA